UGCUACCCUAGAUUCAAAGAAGCGCGAUAGGGCCAGACAAAAGAACGGGAUUAUAGCGGGCCAACUCUGACGCCCCGGCCCCCUUCUGACGCCAAUAGUUCGGCACUGUGAUGGGCACGCCUUAUUACACGAUGGACCCCAAUGCUGGCUUUCACGCUGGCUAUCCCGUGCCGACCCAAAGCCCCCAGAACCAAAUGGCGUUCUAUCCGAAUUCGAUCCCCCAGUACCCCCAACCCAAGACACCGCAACAGCCUGGACAGCAGCAACAUUCCUUUGGCGCCAUGCCACUGCAGCCAGGCGGUCCCGGUGGAGCUAUGAUGCCCUCAGGGUUUCCCCAACAGUCGUCUGGGCCUAUGGACGCUUUCUCGGCGUCGUUCAACCAGCCUACCGUCCCGGCAUCAAUGCCUCAGUACACUCAGCCCGGCAACACACCGAAUCAACCCUCCGCUGUCCAGCAAACUUUCAACCAGAACAUGGCUACCAUAAAUGCGAACAUGCUCGCCAAUCAAUCGAAGCCCCCGCAGAUGAACUCCCAGAUGAACUCGCCUCAAACCACCCAGCCCGGAACCCCCAUCCAGGCCCAGGCCCAAGCUCAAGCUCAAGCUCAAGCUCAAGCUCAAGCUCAUGUCCAAGCUCAGGUCCAGGCCCAAGCAGCAGCACGGGAGAAGGCCCGGGUGACCAUUCUUCUCGAGAUCAACUCGACCCUACUGCAGGAGGUGGUGAAUCUGCAAGCGGCCGGGAAGGCAGGCACUGCACCUACCGCGGACGCGAACGCAGAGCAGAGUGACGCUCCCAAACCCACCCCGCAGAAGCCGAGCCAGGAAUAUAUUGAAUGCAUGCGACGGUUGCAAGCCAACCUAGCGUAUCUUGCGACGGUCGCGGAGCGGGCGAAGAAACCGGGUGGUGCCGUUCCCCAGGCCCCAGCUAUUUUGACUGCCCCCACGAGCGUGCCCGCCGUCAACGACUUGUACAGCAGGCUGAACGAAUUGUUCCCGCGCUCGAGUCAAGGCGGCACACCUCAAACCCUUAGCCCGGGGAUGAAUCAGGGCAACGGUGGCCCAAGUCCAUCGCCCGUGUCGGAGUCAGUGGUUUGA